GCAGAGUUUGAAAAUUUCCCUUGUCACAAAUUUGUGAAGCAGUGUUCUAAAAUGUCAAUGCCUGAUGUACACAACUGCCUAUAUCUGUCUUCUGAAAAUGAGCGGAUUAGAAAGAAAUACAAGAAACUUGCAAGAAGAAAUGGAGUGCUAGAAAGAGAGCUGAACGAUCUAAAGGAGCAGUUUACUACCCAAAGAUUUAUGCAAACUAAUUCAAGAAGUGUCCAAGUUCAGACUGAAGAAAAAAGACAAAGAAGUGUUGGGGGAUCAGCGAUAAAAUCAAACCAAUACGACAGACAAAAGAAACCAGCUCAAGAUGAACAAUUUGAAAGUACAACCAAGAUGUUGUCAAUGCAUAACAAUCUUAUGAAGAGAUACCAGAAGGAACUAAAGACUAACACAGCCCAUGUGGAACAAAUUGCUACUUUGAGUUUAGAAAACAGAGAUCUGGAAAAGAAACUCCAAGAUGCCAAAAGAAAAAUAGAUGAAUUACACAAAGAGAAUGAAGCUCUGCAGGCCAGAAUUAAUGCUGUGGGCAUUAAGGAAAGACUAACACCUUCUAAGAGAGAUUUAAUGGCUGAUCUCCGUAAAGUUUCACAAGAGAGAGAUAGGAUUGCUAAGGAAAGAAAAAAGUUUAAAGAUGAGCUCAAGAUGUUGGACCGGGGAUUCUUUGAAGAAGUAGAAGACUUAAAAUAUGCCCUUCAACAAGCUGCAAGACUGAACAGUGCCUAUGAGAAAGCUCUCAAACAACUGUGUUCCCAGUAUGGUCUUUCCUUCCCUAAAAUAACAACUACAGCACCAACAAAACGCCAUAGGAAACGCUCAAGGUCACAAGCAAGAGAAUUUACAAGUCAAUAGUAUUGUAACAAAUAAUUCACUCUCUGCUCUUAACCCUUAAACUCUCAAAAUCUGGUUGUUAAUUUUCCUCUCUAGCUUCUACACAUUUCCUUGUAAAUUAGUUACAAGAAGUUGAUGUUAGAUCAAGAUAACAACCUCUACCUCAUAAGUUGGAGUAUUCCCAUUACCUGUUUGCUGGAUAAUGUAUGGAUAUAGAGGGAAAAGUAACAUGUUAAUCACUUCUGGAGUUAUAGGGUUAAAGAGCAGAAUUGUUAUGUAAUUACUCCGGAUGAUGAAUUAUAAAUAAGGUUAAAAGAACUAAUAACAUCCAGGAAGAAAAAAAUAUUUCAUGCUGCUCAUUGGUUAGCUAAAUAGCUGGAAAUUAAAUCAAGUCGGAUGAUGUUAGUUUGUAAUUAACAGUUCCAGUAUUUCUAUAAACAUUCCCGCCUUAACUUGUUAAUAGCCCAUUCAGUAUCAGCUAACAACCACCAAAAAAUUUACAUGUAUCAUUUGUGGUUAAAUAGAGGAUCUGCUUAAGUAGAUGUCAACUUUUUUUUUUAAUAGAUACUUAUUAUCUUUUAACAGGUGCAAUUUAUGAGCAGAUCUAAAGGAUACUACCAGUAAUCUCUACUAAAACAACCUAUUGAGAGACUUA